AUGAAUGAUUCAAGUCGAAACAUACCAAAACUUUUACAUACUGAUCCUAAGUUUGUACAAGACAUUAAAUUAGGGAAGCCUUUGGAUUAUUCAUCCAAAAAUCUUAGGACGCUAAAUAAACUAAUAAAUGAAACACCGUUAUCUGUAAGAGUUCACGGAGUACCCGAUAGAGGUAUUAAUAAGAAAUUCAUUUGUGGGGCCAUUUGGUUAAAUAAUAAUAAUUUAACAAGCUUACAAGGUUUGAACAAAUCAAUCGAAGAGUUACUCGAGUUGCCAGCAUAUUUGACUUGGAUUGACGUUUCGUAUAAUGAAUUUAAAAACAUUGGCCAGGAAUUUCUUCAAUUUAAAAAUUUGUCGAUACUUUACAUGCACGGAAAUCAAAUAAAUGACAUUAAGGAAGUUUCGAAACUAAAAACUCUAUUAAAAUUACGAACAUUAACUCUACACGGAAAUCCGAUAUCACGGCUAAUUAAAUACCGUUGUCUUGUAUUAUUUUAUCUUCCUCAAAUUAAAAGCUUAGAUUUUUCGUUAAUCACUCGUCAAGAGAGAAGUGUUGCUCCACCGAUAUUCUGUACAGCGAACAUUUAA